AUGGCGGCUGGAGGAGGAUGCGCAGACAGUGCGGAUGAGUACCGGGCCGAGGUGGAGCGGCUGAGCCGCGAGCUCUCUGAAGCGAACCGGGAGAAGAUCCGUGCGGCGGAGUGCGGCCUCGCGGUGCUCGAGGAGAACCAGAGUCUGAAACAGCAGUGCGCUGAGCUGGAGGCUGAACAGGAAGCGCUCAGGAGAGAGCUGGAGCAGCUGCAGGAGGCAUUUGGCCAGGCAUACUCUAACCAGCGUAAAGUGGCAGAGGAUGGCGAGACGAAUGAGGAGACUCUUCUGCAGGAGUCCGCCUCCAAAGAGGCAUACUACAAGAAUCGCCUGCUGGAGUUGCAGAUGGAUCUCGAUCUGAGUCGCUCAGUGGCUUCCAACACACAGGCGGAGAGCGAACGCCUUAAUUUGCUGCUCCAGGAUUUAAGAGAGAGUAACGAGAUGCUGGAGCUGCAGACCGGCAGGAUGAGAGAAGAGAUUAAGGAGUAUAAAUUCAGAGAAGCCAGAUUGCUGCAGGACUACACUGAGCUGGAGGAGGAGAAUAUCAUACUACAGAAACUCGUGUCCACACUCAAGCAGAACCAGGUGGAAUAUGAGGGUUUAAAACAUGAAAUCAAAGUAUUGGAAGAAGAAACAGUUCUGCUAAACAGCCAAUUAGAUGAUGCAUUGCGUUUGAAGGACAUCUCUGAGGGACAGUUAGAAGAGGCACUGGAUGCUCUGAAGAGUGAAAGAGAACAGAAGAACAGUCUGAGGAAGGAGCUAGCCCACCACCUCAGCCUGACUGACAGUGUGUAUGGAACCAGCACACAGAUCCCCAUUUCUGUCGUGGAGGGAUUAAAGUUUGCAGAGGAGCAGACCACAAAUGGCACCUUGGCCUCUGGCUCUAGUCCCAAUAAUGAGGACAGUAACAAGUGUAACGGAUGUAAUGGCCAUGGGCCGAAGAUGAACGGUGACUACCACCGGCCGGGUGGGAGGAAAGAAACACUGAACCCGGUGUCUGAUCUUUUCAGCGAACUCAACCUGUCUGAAAUCCAGAAACUGAAACAGCAACUCUUACAGGUGGAACGAGAAAAGGCCACCCUCCUGACUAACCUGCAGGAGUCUCAGACCCAGCUACAGCACACACAGGGAGCUUUAUCAGAGCAGCACAAGCAUGUAAAUUGCCUUACAGCACGUGUUAAUGCUAUGAAACGUCUCUGCAGCGACAAGGAGCUGGAUGCCGAGGAGACCGAGAAAGGGGACACUCCUUUGAAUGGCUGCCGUGAGUACGACAUCGACAUUAAUGGCAUUGAGAUCCUGGAAUGUAAGUACAAGGUGGCUGUUACAGAGGUCAUUGACCUGAAAGCUGAGCUGAAAGCCUUGAAAGAGAAGUACAAUCAGUCUGUGGAGAGUCAAUCAGAAGAACGCAGCCAAAGUGAGGGAAAACUGAAAACACUUUAUGACCAUGUAACGUCAUUGGAGCGAGAGUGUCGUGAGAGCCGUGAGCGAAUCACCAGCCUAGAGGCCGAGCUCCGAUGCACAUCAUCCAUGUCCAGUGAGAGUCAAGCCAUGCUGAAUGCUGCUCAGGACGAGCUAGUUACCUUCAGUGAAGAACUUGCUCAGCUCUACCAUCAUGUCUGCAUGUGCAACAAUGAAACACCCAAUCGUGUUAUGCUGGAUUACUACCGCCAGAGUCGUGUUACACGUAGCGGCAGUCUUAAAGGCACUGAUGACCCACGUGCAUUGCUGUCACCACGACUUGCCCGGCGACUUGCUGCUGCCAACUCGUCAGAUCCUUCACGGAGCCCUCAUGACUCACCCUUGAAGGAAGCGUUAGGUGAAGGGGGUAAAGCAGAGACAGUGAGUCCCAACAGAAGCCCAUUUGGCUCCCCGGUCCACAGUGCCUCGCCAUCUGCUUCACCUUUACUAGAGGCAAACGGAGAUCUUCGCAAAGAGCCUUUGAAUAUUUACAACCUGAACGCCAUUAUUCGAGACCAGAUCAAGCACCUGCAGAGAGCUGUGGACCGUUCACUACAGCUAUCCAGACAGAGGGCUGCUGCUCGGGAGCUGGCACCCAUCUUUGACAAGGACAAGGAGGCCUGCAUGGAGGAGAUCCUGAAGCUGAAGUCCCUCUUGAGCACGAAGAGAGAACAGAUAGCCACUCUACGGCUCGUACUUAAAGCCAACAAACAGACUGCAGAAGUAGCCUUGGCCAACCUGAAGAGCAAGUAUGAAAAUGAAAAGACUAUUGUGACGGAGACAAUGAUGAAGCUGAGGAAUGAGCUAAAGGCUCUGAAAGAGGACGCAGCCACCUUUUCCUCUCUGAGGGCGAUGUUUGCCACCAGAUGUGAUGAGUAUGUUACUCAACUGGAUGAGAUGCAGAGGCAGCUGGCAGCAGCAGAGGAUGAGAAAAAGACUCUGAACUCUCUGCUCCGCAUGGCCAUCCAGCAGAAACUUGCCCUCACACAGCGUUUGGAAGACCUGGAGUGUGAUCAUGAGCAGUCGUAUCGCGGGCGUGGAGGAAAGAUGCCUAAAAUCAAAACCAGUCCCCAGAAAAUUGUCAGUAGCCUGCUGCAUCAGUACCGCCACUCUCCCGACAAGUGAGGAGUGAGAGAGUGUUCACGGCUCGCAGUACUAAUAUUGUGAUAACGCUUCAAGAAGACGAACUAAAAGACGCCUCCCUCGGACUUCCCUAUGAUCCUUUUAAAUGUCUGGCAC